AGCUGGAACUGGCGCUCAGUCGCAUACGCGCGCAUACACAUAUAUACACAUACACACACACACGCGCGCGCGCGCACACGCACUCACGCGCACACACGCACGCGCACACAGCCGCGAGACAGGCAGCUAUCACACCUAACACACCGGACGGCUCGAGACUCCGCAGGUUCAGGAGUUAAUUCGAUUUCUUAAAAGCGAUUUUUUAUCUGUUUUUUUUCCGGAAAAGAACGCGUUGUAUAUUAUUGUUAUUUUUUUUAAAAAAAUUUCCCUGGUUUUGGUUAAAGCUAGUUUUCUCGUCAGUCAGGUUCCGAAGUUGUGAGAGAGCGGAAUGUUUCAACCGAACUAACAGAUCCGUCUCAUUAGCUAUCGGUGCUAAUUCUUUUUGGAAAGAAUUCCAAGUUUUCUAGUUAAUUUAUGUUAGGACUUAAUUCUUAUUUCACUUAGGUUCAAUUCACACCUAUAGAUUUAGUUGGAAUAAUUUGUUUAGGAUUAUUUGUGUAGUUUGUUUAUGAUAAACUUGAACCGUUGUGACAUUUAGAACGGGUUUUAUUGUUAUUGUGUGUUGUGUAUAUAGAUAUAUAGGUUUACACAAACCCCCCAGUAGUUUGUUGUUUAGUGAGGGUUGGAGUGGACAGUGAUGAUGCUCGGGUUGGUGCUGGAGUUCAUGCUCGUGCUGAUGAAAGUCAUGUGGGCGAUCGCACUGGCCGCGCUCCGCUGGGUCGCGCGCCCCCGCGAGAAGAGCGUGGCCGGCCAGGUGUGCGUGAUCACCGGCGCGGGCGGUCAGCUGGGUCGCCUGUUCGCGCUGGAGUUCGCGCGCCGCCGCGCUGUGCUUGUGCUGUGGGACAUUAACAGCCAGAGCAAUGAAGAGACCGCAGAGCUCGUGAGACAAAUCUACCGGGAGCAGGAGACGCACGCGGACAGAGAGGGCGGUGUGGAGGAGGUGCAGCCGUUCAAGCCGCAGGUCUACACAUACGUGUGUGACGUGGGGAAGCGCGAGAGCGUGUACUCUACAGCCGAGCGUGUGAGACGCGAGGUGGGCGAUGUGGACCUGCUGAUCAACAAUGCGGGUGUGGUUUCUGGACAGCACCUGCUGGAGUGUCCGGAUGAGCUCAUCGAGAGGACCAUGGUGGUCAACUGCCACGCACACUUCUGGACCACCAAGGCUUUUCUUCCCAGGAUGUUGGAGAUGAAUCACGGCCACAUCGUGACGGUCGCCAGCUCACUGGGCCUCUUCAGCACGGCAGGGGUCGAGGAUUACUGCGCGAGUAAAUUUGGAGCCAUCGGCUUCCAUGAGUCCCUCAGUCACGAGAUCAAGGCUUCAGAGAAAGACGGCAUCAAGAUGACACUGGUGUGUCCGUACCUGGUGGACACAGGCAUGUUCAGAGGCUGCAGGAUACGUAAGGAGAUUGAGCCUUUCGUGCCCCCAUUGAAGCCAGAGUUUUGUGUGAAGCAGGCAAUGAAAGCCAUCCUGACCAACCAGCCCAUGAUCUGUACACCACGCAUCGUCUACAUGGUCAACUUCAUGAAGAGCAUCUUGCCGUUCGAGGCCAUUGUGUGUAUGUACCGGUUCUUGGGUGCAGACAAGUGCAUGUAUCCAUUCCUGGCUCAGAGGAAAGAGGCCAUGAACAACAACGAGGCAAAAAACGGGAUCUAAACAACUCAUUUCACGAAACAACGAGAGGAUACGACCACUGAUAGAGAGAGAACGAGAGAUAGAGAGAGAGAGAGAGAGUGAGUGAGUGUGUGUGUGUGUGUGUGUAUGUGUGUGUGAGAGAGACUGGGAGAGAGUUUAGACUGGUGCACUUGCAUUAAGCAGAUGCAAACGUUUACCAUAUUGUUCCUCUGGAACUAAGAGCGCUGUGGACUACGCUGAGGAUUUCCUCUUUGUGUUUGUCUUUCGUUUAGUUCGUUUGAAAGCAAAGCGAGCUUCUAUAUACUGCGUCAAUAGGUCUGAAAUCAUAUGUGAGGUAUUCAGUAAUUAUUUACAUCAUGUAGUCACCAGCAUUAUCUAGCGUCUUUGCGAAAUAUACAGUAUGUUACUGUACGGGCAGUAAGAAACCCCCUAUGUCACUUUGUGUUUUGUAGACAUGCACUGUAAUUACAUAAUUUCUCUACACUGCCAUUAUUGUUGUGAUUAGCCAAAACCGCUGCACCACCUCAAUUCCCGGAGCAACGCUUCAUCUCUUGGACGCAUGGAUUAAACUCGGACACACACACACACAGCUGUGGGGCAGUCUGAACGUAUCGGCCCUUUAGCGUCCAUCACAAUAGCACAGACUCUCGUUUGUCACUUUGUGGCUGCUGAUGCAAAUAUUCCUGUAUAUAUGUGUUAUUUUAUUUUUCUCCUCACAAAAAAUUCAACCAACAGAAGACUGAUCUUCCAAAUUCAUCCUUCACAUAACAUGGCGAUGUAGAGGUUGUUAAAAUAUGAAAAAGCAGUCAUUGAAAUGUUUCGAAAGCUGGGAGUUAAUGUUAUUCUAGCAAGAAUGAACGCUAACAGUGAGGGCAUUAAUGUUAUCACCAGCAAUGCUAAUCUGUAGUCAAUAAUGUUAACAUCACUGAUGUCAUUUAUCUUAUGAUCAUUGCUGGAAAUUCAUUCUGAAGAGAGACUUAAUGUGUCUUGAAAUUAACUGUAGGUCAAAUGUCAUUUAUUCAGCAAGCUCCGUCUUGAUUAUGGAAAACAAACAAGGAACGCAGCCGCGUUUUACUGAUUUUGUUUUUGUUUUGUUUUAGGCAGGUUGAGGUGUGUCUACAUUUUAUUUAAAAAAAAAAAAAAAUCAGUAUAUAUUUUUAUUUUUAAUCACUGAAAAUGCAAAAGAAGCAGAACAUGGACUGAACUGUGUGUCUACAUUAUUGUUUCAUCUGUACUGAAUGAAAUGUGUCAAAACAUUGGUUUGUAAAGUUACAUCUCCGUCACAUAUUUCGGCUUCUAACAGAUAACAGAUGUGACUCAUUAAUUUGAUGAUUGGGCUUCGGAUAUUCUGUACGUCUCCGAAAAAGCUUCAUUGAUGGAUUUGAUGUACAUUCCAGUAGGUGCCGUUUGUUCACAGUGACGAGCCUGAAGUCGCUACCUCUUCAUGUCUGCCGUUUGUUGACAGUAUGCCGUUUAUUUGAUGCCGUCUUUUUGUAACUUUCAUAAGGAGCUGCAUGCCGUGCGGAUCCGAUGUUUAGUUUCUCUGCCUAACUUAAAUUAAUAAACUGAUUUAGAUUGUG